AUGGUUGUUACAAAUGAAGAAAUUUGGGAAGGUUUUUUAGAUGAGUAAGGUCUUUAAAAUUUGGCAGACAAAUUAAAGAGUGAAAAUGAUGCAGGAAAUUACUAAUAAGUAGUGGAAAAGAUUUAAGAAUUAUUCACAUAGGAAGGACAAUCAAAAUAAAAAUAUUUUGCAAUGAAAGUAAAAUCUUUAAUCAAAGAAUUAAGCUAAUAAUGUUAUUGAGUAAGAAAUAACUAUUCAUCAACAGUUUCAAAAAGGCCAAGAAUUUCUUUGAUAUAUUAGGAAAACUUGCAUUAUGUGAUUAAUAAAAACCUUAUGAUUAGAGAGGAUUAAAAAUAUUUGGGGCCAAAGAGGGUAUUAUAUAUUGAUUCGAAUAAUAGAUCCAAACUUUAGUUAAGGUUUUUAUGAUAUAAUGAUGGAAUGCAUUUCUUAUUGGGGAACAAAGUAUGCUACAGAUUAGAAGGGUAAUGCUACGAUAUUUGGUAAACUUCUUGAAAAGUUAAAGGAUUAGGGAUUCAAACCAAAAGUUGAUUUAUAACUAUUUGAGUUAACAGAAGAGCAAAUAGAGAAAUUAAAUAGUUUUAGUAAGCCAACUGAAUAAUAAAAAUAAAAAAACAAUAUGAAUGAUAUUAGUUUAGAUGAAUUGAAAAAGAUGUAUCAAGAAAUGUAUAGUCAAACUAAUGACUUGGUUGAGAGUUUAGAAUAAAAUUUAAAAGGAGAAGAUUAAGCAACAGAGAUUAUGGAUUAAUGUAAAUUGUUAUUUUAAUUUAUAGUGAUGGAAAAUGCAUAUAAUGAUGCAGAGAAAUUAAAGCCAACUUUAGAAUUAUUGCAUGCACGUUAAAAUGAAUUAGCUGAAGGUUAAAGAAAAUAGAUUGGUUAUAGAUUUAAAAUAAUUAUAACUUUAAUUGAAGCUCAUAAAGCUAUGCGUGCAGAAGGAUUUACUAAUGAAAGCUAUUAAGUUUUUCGUUAUGAAGUCUUAUAAGCAACAAGAGAUAUUACAGGAUCUGAAAAACCAAAACCACCAGCAAAUUAUGGAAAACCUGUUUAAUAAUAUACUAAUCCUUAACAAGAAUAAAAAAUUUAACCAUAAUAGAUUUAAAAGCAACCAAUUUAAACUGAAAAAAGAUAAGCACAAAAACCAAUAUAAUCUUAAUAAAAUCCAAUAGGAAGAGAUCCUGAAAUUUAAAAAUAAAUGCAGUAAUCUAUUCCUUAUAAUUCUUAAAAUUAACCAAAUUAUUAACCCUAAACAUAAUUUAGAAAUCCAUAGCCAAUAUAAUAAUAAAAUAAAUAAUAGAAUCAACCUUAUUAUCAACCAAUUUAACCAUAUUAAUAACCAAUUUAACCUUAUUAAUAACCAGAAAAAAAUAUACAAAAACCACCUCCUUUUAAAAAAUUACCUAUUACUAGAUCGUAUGAUCAUCAUUAAAGUCCAAAUAAAGAAUAAUUUGAAGAUAAUUAUGAUAAUAGAAGUUAGAGUUCAUAGUAUUCAGGAAAAGAUUUUUAUCUGAAAGGACAACCUGGAUUAGUGUAAAAGAUUUAUGAAGGAUAAUUUAUUCCUUAUGAUGAGAGAAAUUUCACUAUUUUUGAAGAAAUUUAUAAUAAUAGUGGGAUAAAUAGAUUAAAAAGAGCUAAUUUGAAGAAAAGAUGUUCAAUAUUAGAAUCUCCAGAAAUUCAAAUUGGAUUUGAUUCAAAUUUGGUUUAUCAUGAAAUAACAAAUCGUUAUUACUUAAGAGUUCGUUUGUGUAUUGGAAAUAAAACAUAAUAUAUAUUAUAGAAUUUCUAAUAUUAAUUUGAAGGUGAUACUUGUAUGGGUGUAUGGACAUAAGAACCAAUUCAUUAAAAAAGCUAAAUACCAUAAAAAGAUUAAUUAGGUAGAUUGAUAUUGAAUCCAAAAUAAUAGAUGUAUAUUCCUAUUUGUAUAAAUUAUAAUCGUGUACCUUAUCAAAUACUUUCAGGAAGAUUUAGUUAUGAAAUAGCAGAUAUAGAAGAAGGAAGAAUAUCUCAUUUUAUUGUUCCUUGUUUAUUAACAUAAUUCAUGAGUUUCAGAGAUACUACUAUAGAUUCCUUUAAAGCAAGAUGGGAGUAUAAAUCCAAAAGUAUCUUAAAAACAGAGUAAGUACCUUUGAAUUCUAAAAUAAUUAAUUCAAAAUAAGGUUUUAUAAAACAUUUUGGAGAAAACAACAUUUUAGUUUUGAAUGAUGAACAAAACUUUUUGAAUGAAUGUAAUUAAUAUUUUAAAUAAUACUAGAAGGGGAAAUGGUAACCACUGAAUAUGGAUUAGUAUUUACAUUAAGUAGUCCAUAAAUAGAAUUUUUACUGAAAAUAAUUUUAUUUCCAAAUUUUUCAGUAUUAUUUCAAAUAAUACCUUAUUCAUCCUAUUAAACUUAAGCAGAGGAAAUUUUACAUACACUAAUUUUUAUUUUUUGUUUACCAGAUUGA